AAGCCACCAUGGCUACUUUUCCUCCCCUUUAAGACUGCCUGGUUACGGUCCUGGGAAAGAAAACCCCUGCAUUCCUCCCCUUUAAUUCGGUUUAUUGUUAAAGCACUGGAGCAGCUAAUCCUCACAGACCUGUAGGAGCUGGAGUAGGAGCACCAGGAGCACCAUUCCUUCUGAGUCUCCGGCAUCCCCCAAAGCUUCAACUCUGGAGGCGAUGGGUCGAAAAGAAGAAGAUGACUGUAGCUCCUGGAAGAAACAGACCACCAACAUCCGGAAAACCUUCAUCUUCAUGGAAGUGCUGGGAUCAGGAGCUUUUUCAGAAGUUUUCCUGGUGAAGCAAAGGGUAACUGGGAAGCUCUUUGCCCUGAAGUGCAUCAAGAAGUCACCUGCCUUCCGGGACAGCAGUCUGGAGAAUGAGAUUGCCGUGUUGAAAAAGAUCAAGCAUGAAAACAUCGUGACCCUAGAGGACAUCUAUGAGAGCACCACUCACUACUACCUGGUCAUGCAGCUGUAAGUGGAAGGUGACCCGCUCCCUCCACAGAUGCGUCGGGGACCCGGGAGGCCUAGAGGAGGCUGCUCGGUGAUGAGGGGAGUGUGGUGAUUCAAAAGAUAAGAUCAAAAAUUAGCUAAAGAGGCUGUCAAAUGGCAAGAGUUCUCUCAGGCUAAGUAUGCUUCUGGUCAUCAGCGUGUUCUGCAUGGACUGGGGGGUAAAUAUAGGACUGAUUAAUGAGAGGGUCCUGCUAGUGCAGCCUCACCAGUCAUUAAGAUAUUGUCUACAAGUCAGCAAAUAGCUGGGACUCCAACCCAUCCAUCUUCCCUGCUGUCCCAGCCACUGCCCUCAGACUUUCUGGACCUUCCCACAGCCCCACAGUUGAAGGGAUAAUGCCUGUCAUGGCAGGGGACCUCCAGAACCCUUCUCUGGCACCAUGGCUCGAGUCCAUUUUGACCA